GAUGAACGGACUGUCUUCGUUGGUCUUUGAUGCGCCCUCCCGCUGUUUCGUUUAUUAUCGGCGACAUUGAAGAUUAGUCUGGCGAAGCCCAGGAAUGCCCAAGGUUACUUCGGAGGUUGUCUCGCCGAAGGGGAGCCAUCCGAAUGUGCUGAAGAGGAACCAAGCCUGCCACCAAUGUCGAAGGCGAAAGCUGUACAGCGAUGCGAAGAGGCCGUGUUCGACAUGCAUCAGGUCGCAUGCACACGCUGUGAGCCAUGCACUGGCUGGAGUGGAGUUACCCGCUGAACCAGAGUGCACGUACGAUGAAGCUGCGGAGGCCACUACACCGUCGUCUGAAGGACCUCGGAGUCGCUACGAGAGGCUUGAGAACAGAAUAAAUGAGCUUGAGUCCCUACUUCGUCAGAAGGAACAGAGAGGCGCGAACCAGUUCCCAGGUCAACAGGACACAAGGCGCUACCCAAGGAGUCCGUUCACAAUGCACGCUCUGCCAUCCUCUAUGCUCACGGGCUUCGGCGACAACUCGAGGUUUCAGCCGUCGCUGCGUUCUGAGGCCCCCUUUGGACCUCAUUACGGCAAUCAAGGACGACGCGAGGAUGUAGAUGCAUAUUCAGAGAGUGCACCGCCCCUUGCCGCAAGGAUUGAUACUACCACGCCCCCCACCCACGGGACUUCCCCAGAUAAUGCGGCUUCGUCUAGUGUUACCGGUAUUGUAUGGGCAGCUUGGCCCCCAAACCUCCCAAGCCCGGACCUAGUUCGACACCUGGUCGAGGCUUUCUUCGCCUUUCACCCCCAUGCAACUCGACUAUUCCACGCUCCGACGUUUUUGACCUCUCUUUCUCUACCACCGAAUCAGCCUGGCUUCCCGAAUGCAGCUGUAUUGCACGCUAUCUGCGCCCUUGGAAGCCUGUAUACCGCAGCUGUCUCUUCCCCACCCCGCCCCAAUCUCUCAGAAGAACCUCCCGAGGAGCUGUUCACAAAGCGAUACCGAUCGAGACAAGGGCGAUCAGAAACGUUUGCUGACGUGCAAGCUAGUUAUGCCAAAGACUUGUGCGAGGAGCAACUUAGCAUGGGUGAACAUCUAUUCGAAGUGCUGCAGGCGUCCAUCAUCUUAACUUGGUAUUACUGGGCGCAUGCAAGGUGGUGCGAUGUUUACUUAGCGAGUUCUUGUGUGAUGCGGCUCUCUGUCGCAGAGGGUCUCUGCAGUUGCCCACCAUUCCACACCAUUGCGAACUCCACUCGACCUCUAUCCUUGCUUCCUCGGGCGACGACUGUCAUCGAAGAUGAGAUGCGUAGGAACGCAUUUUGGUUAGCUUAUUGCGCGGAACGUCUGCAUGGGUGUGGGAAUGGAUGGGCACUCUGUUUGGAUGAUAUGGAUGUCUCACAACUGCUCCCCAUUCGAGGGGACCAGUUUUUGCACGGGUCCUUUAGUCCCCCCGGUAAUCGUCUAUGGUCUCAUAGCAAAGAAAUCUUCCAUAGACACCUAGGGGACCAAACUGACCCUUUCGUGCUCUACGUGAAGGCCGCCAUGUUGAUCUCGCGAGUGAAGAACUUCAAUCUGCGGUACCGAGCUAGGCAGUACGCUGGAGACGUUUCAACUAUUCCCUCCGAUACCUCGAACCCUCUACACCCUAACGAUCCACGAAAAACGGCGGCAUUUAUUGAACUUGAAGGAGACAUAGCUUCUUUCAGAAGGUCCUUCCCUAAGAAUCUCAGCGAUCCCAUAAAGGGGAAUACUGUCGAUUCGCAUUUAUACACAGCAUGCUUGGUGCCUCAUAUUGCCUUGAUACUGCUUCAUGAGCCGCAUGCGGAACUUGAUCACGAGGGCUGCAUGUCUGCGCGCAGGAUCCUGGAUUCAGCAAGAGGGAGCUUGGACCUCAUCUACGCCAUCAUGUCCACCAGUUAUGAUGUAUCUCUGCUGGAUAAUUUCGUGCCGUUUGCCUGGUUUAUGGCUGGUCGCGUAUUGGUCCGCUUCCUGGAAGCUGCACAAUUGGCGAAUGGCCAGGAAGAAAUCCCGAAACUAGUUAAUGAGAUUCUUUGUAUUCGAGUGGCAAUGGCAAAAAUGGGAGAACGCUUACCUCUGGCUUAUCGUUAUGCGGGGAUGUUGACCAACGUCUUGGUUCAGAAAUGUGGCGAAGUCUCGGCCCCCUCAGUUAAUGCACUAGCUCCCAGAUGGCCAAUGAUCCCGCAGGCAACUAUGACUGCCGCUUAUUAUGAGGUGGCGGAAGGAGGCCCGCAUUUCGAGCUGUCUGUCAAGACUAACCUUGAAUUACCUUCAGAUGGCUGCUAGAUACCAUGAAAUAUAGGCUUAGUUGUAUCUUAAGUGUAAUCUUCUCAUCUAUCCUUAUAUUUUGAGCGCACAAGGAGACGUCG